AUGACAAGUAAAUAUUUCUCCGUACUAGUGUUCAUCAUCUUGGCUUCCAAUGAAGUUGUUGCCAAGAGACACUCUUCAACACCUAAAUUAAGAAAAACUGAUUUCCCAGAAGAUUUCAUUUUCGGAGCUGCAACCUCUGCGUACCAAGUUGAAGGAGCUGCUCAGGAAGAUGGUAGAGGACCUAGUAUAUGGGAUACGUUUUCUGAAAAAUACCCAGAAAAGAUAAAAGAUGGUAGCAACGGAUCUAUUGCAGAUGACUCUUACCAUCUUUACAAGGAGGAUGUGGGUUUAUUGCAUCAAAUUGGGUUCAAUGCCUAUAGAUUCUCCAUCUCGUGGUCGCGUAUUUUGCCUCGUGGGAAUCUUAAAGGAGGAAUCAACCAAGCUGGUAUUGACUAUUACAACAACUUGAUCAAUGAGCUUUUGUCUAAAGGAAUUAAGCCUUUCGCAACCAUUUUCCAUUGGGACACACCACAAGACCUUGAAGAUGCUUACGGAGGAUUCCGUGGGGCAGAAAUUGUUAAUGAUUUUCGCGACUAUGCCGAUAUUUGUUUCAAGAGCUUUGGAGAUCGAGUGAAACAUUGGAUUACAUUGAACGAGCCAUUAACAGUGGUGCAACAAGGAUAUGUUGCAGGUGUUAUGGCUCCAGGAAGGUGUUCAAAAUUUACAAACCCUAACUGCACCGCCGGGAAUGGAGCCACCGAGCCUUAUAUCGUUGGUCACAACCUUAUCCUAGCUCACGGAGAAGCAAUCAAAGUCUAUAGAAAAAAGUAUAAGGCUUCUCAAAAAGGUCAAGUCGGUAUAGCUUUGAAUGCAGGUUGGAACUUACCUUAUACAGAAUCAGCUGAGGAUAGGUUAGCCGCGGCACGAGCCAUGGCUUUCACAUUCGACUAUUUCAUGGAGCCGCUCGUGACCGGUAAAUACCCGGUUGACAUGGUUAACAACGUAAAAGGCGGUCGCUUGCCUACAUUUACUUCAAAACAAUCUAACAUGCUUAAGGGAUCAUAUGAUUUCAUUGGCAUCAAUUAUUACUCGUCUUCUUAUGCAAAAGAUGUUCCUUGCUCAAGCGAAAACGUUACAAUGUUCUCUGAUCCUUGUGCUAGCGUCACAGGCGAAAGAGAUGGAGGAAUUCGUGAUCUUAUCCUCUAUGCAAAAUACAAGUUCAAAGACCCUGUCAUGUACAUAACAGAAAAUGGGAGAGAUGAAGCUAGCACUGGUAAAAUCUUACUUAAAGAUGGCGAUAGAAUCGAUUACUACGCUCGACAUCUCAAGAUGGUUCAAGACGCUAUCUUGAUUGGAGCAAACGUUAAGGGCUUUUUUGCAUGGUCGUUGCUAGAUAACUUUGAAUGGGCAUCGGGGUACACGGUCAGGUUUGGACUUGUUUACGUGGAUUUCAACGAUAGACGUAAGAGAUAUCUUAAGAAAUCGGCUCACUGGUUCAGACAUUUAUUGAAUGGAAAAAAGGAGAAUUGA